AUGGCUGACGCCAGCGAGCAGCGAGCCGUCGCUACCGCCUUUGCACCCCCGCCGCCUAUGUGGAAGCACUUUACACGCGACAACCUCGAUAAGCUCGACCAAGUCAAGAAGGAGGCCUCCAAGGACACGGAUGGAGCCUAUACUGAUGAAAAGAAGUGGUCGCCAGCAGAACUACGAGCUUUGGAUCUGCCGCCUGAGCUACGCUUCCUGGUGCCGCCCGAGAUCCCCACCGGGGAGUACACGGUCUUUGGAGAGCCGCAGACUCUAUCUACAACUCUGCCAUCCUUGAAAGAUCAAAGCAUUGAGCAGCUCUACCCAGAGCCCGCGACAGACGCCGACCAAGCCAUCUCAGAGCCCGCCCAACCCCUCAACCAUGCCUACUACUUGCUGAAGAUUAGCAAGUCCCUCCUCUUGAACUUCCUGGAAUUUGUCGGAAUACUCUCGGUGUCGCCCGAACAAUUCGAGUCCAAGGUGGAGGACCUGCGCAACCUGUUCAUCAACGCCCACCAUCUGCUCAACCUGUACCGACCUCAUCAGGCGCGCGAAUCGCUCAUUAUGAUGAUGGAAGAACAGUUGAAGCGGACUCGAGAGGAGAUCAAGCAGAUGGACAAGGUCAAAUCAGACAUUGAGAGCUUGAUGGAGCAACUGGAAGCAGAGGGCGGCGGGGUCAACUCGGCAGAGCGUCUUGAGAGCACCACGGAGUCAAAGACAGCAACAAAACGCUCAGUCGAGGAUGCGCAACUGGUGUGGGAUCUCCUAGACAAGGUGAAUUGA